AUGUUCGCUGUGCAAACAGUUGAAGAAAGAGUGAACCUUACAUAUGCUGAAGACCGCAUACGAAAGCUUGAGGCAGCAAUUUCAACAUUGUUACCCAAUGCAGACAUCGAAGCGUUAUUAGAAUCAUCUUCCUCUAAACAGUCAGAAGGCCAACGGCGACAGGAACCGAAGCCCGAUCAAAAGCCUGUCUCCGUGGUUGUCCCUAAAGAUUUUGCGGUAGCUACAGAACCUUCGUCAGAGGCCCUUCCUCAACUUGCAGAUGGAUUUGACUGGGCUGAAAAGGAACUUACUCUCACCGAGCUAUCAGAUGGCAUGGCAGCUCUUUCGAUCCGGCCUGAAGGCGCUGGGUAUCUUGGUGGUCCUUCAAGCGUUGCGCCACUUCGAGCGCUCCUUAUGGGUGGUUGGGAUGUCAAUUCUUCCACUCAAUCAGAAGCAGCGGGUAAGGUUGCGCUUGAUUCCCAAUCAAUGAUGUGGCAAUCGACGCAUCCCGGAAUCGCACCUUCACAAAUUGUUGCUCAGACGGUGAUGGACGCAUAUUUUGCCAACUACCACACGAGUUAUCCAUUCCUCCACGAGGAGACAUUCCGAGCUCAGUUCGGCGAACAAAUCUCUAGGCCACGGGGCCACGCAUGGCCGAUCCUUCUUAACACGGUUCUUGCCCUUGGUGCCUGGACCAUUGGAGAUGAUACUGUGGAUAUCCACGAAAUUUUUUACAACGAAGCCAACAGAUACUUGCAGGAUGUGUCAGUCUUUGAGAUAGGGAAUUUAGCAUGUGUACAGGCGUUCUUGCUCCUUAGCAAUUAUACGCAAAAGCGUAACAAGCCUAAUACUGGUUGGAAUUACUUGGGGCUUGCGAUACGGAUGGCGUUGAGUUUGGGUCUCCAUAAGGAGUUUCCAGAAUGGAAUAUUAGUUUGCUGCAACGGGAAAUGAGGCGAAGGGUCUGGUGGGGUGUGUUCAUUUUUGACAGUGGUGCAUCCAUCACAUUUGGACGACCGAUUCUCUUGCCUGAUGCGAGCAUUAUGGAUGCGAAGCAGGUGCAGAAUAUCCCUGAUAACGCUUUGACAACAUCGACGGAAGCCGUACCACUCGAAACGGAUGAGCCAACUCUCUACUCAAGCCUAAUCGCCCAAGCAAAAUUCCAUCUAACAACCAAUGAACUUUACCACCGCCUUCUAUCAAACCGCAAUCUCUCAGCAGAAGAAACCUUAAAGCUGCAGACUCCCAUUGAUGACUUCCUAUGCUCGUUACCAUCCUUUUUCGAACAUGAUGAUAGUCACCGUGACGAUUACAGUAGCAAUCAUGAGAGCUCAAGUUUGCAGCUCCCCCCUUGGUUCAUAUUUGCCAAGAAGCGUCUCUCCUGGCGCCGCUGGAACUUCCAGAUAAUCUUAUACCGUCCCAUUUUACUUCUCUGGGUCACACAACGAUGGAAACAAACCGGCCAGCCACAAUUUUCGUUUCCUCCCGAUGUCGCAACUGACUCCAACCAACCACAAUCUGCAGAGGAGGAGUGCAGGAUGCGUUGUCUGCAGGCUGCACGGGCAACGAUCCAGUCGAUAUCGGGAUAUAUGGAGAUGAAUCCAUAUAUGAGGUUAGAUGGGUGGUAUAUGCUUUAUUUCCUCUUUCAAGCUGCCUUAAUCCCCGUUCUCUUCCUUAUAACAACGCCGACAUCCCCGUCUGCUCCUUCCUGGCUCUCCGAUAUCCAAAGUGUCCGUUGUCUCCUGUCACCACAAAGCUCCCUGGGCAAUAAUAACCACCUAGCCGCACGCUGUCUGGAAGUCAUAAAUAGACUUUGCGGACCGCUCUCCUUUCCCUCGCCUUCACCACAACCUCUUCCCACAGGAUCAGGAUCAGGAUCAUGUCCAACCUUCAGCAAUAAUAGCAAUGGCAAUCACAGCCAAUAUAUUGAUAACAGCAACAUCGCAUCUUUUCCGCAACAAAUCAGCGCAAAUUCUGCGAAGACCGGAGCAGGACCCUCGGGCAGCAACAGUGCCGCCCAACGUGAUGAUGAGAGACUCCGUCAUGCAUGGGAGGCGAAUAUGGCUGGUAUAAUUUCGCAGGAGAUGGGCUCGCAGAAUCAGGAUAUGAUGUUCAGCGAUGCGUAUUCGUUCUUCGCAGGCGUGGCUGGCAAUCAUGAGAACUUGGGAAACUUUGGCGUAGUUCCAGGAGUGGCUGCUUUUGAUACUAGCCGUGCCUCUGGUUCUAGGCCUGAUCUGUUUGGUGCGGAUGCUGGUGGUCCGCAGGCUGAUAUUGAUCAGGUAGGCGGUACUAGCAGUGGGAAUAAGAGUAUCGCAUCCAUGGAGAACGCUGCAGCUCGAGGUGGUAGUGGCCCUGGCCCCGCUGCUGCUGCUGCUGCUGCUGGGAUGGAGUUUUUCGAUUGGAUGGGCUUUGGUGCGGAAGGUGGUGUGGAAGGGAGGAGAUAUAUUUAACAAUUUUCUCAUUCUCCUUUCUCCCCUAGCCUGUUUUUAGCUCUAUUCUACAUACUCCGAGGUCUACAAAAGUAGCAGAACAAAGAUCAUCGGGACAAGGGAGUAUUUCUGGACUGAAAUUGUACAUGUACAUGUACAUGUACCUACAUCUCUCUCCAAUAUCAUUUAUAUACCCACAGUCGCCGCAUGGUACAGAAAUUAAAACCUUC